AUGUUGAAGUCCUUGCUCCGCCCAUCCUUGUCUCCCCUCCGCAGAACUUUGGCCACCGCAGCCCUGCCCAGAGUCAAGCAAUUCCAAAUCUACAGAUGGAACCCAGAUACGCCCGAGGUUGCCCCUAAAUUGCAGACGUACGACGUUGACUUGAACGCCUGUGGUCCUAUGGUUUUGGACGCUCUAUUAAAGAUCAAGAACGAGCAAGACUCCACCUUGACCUUCAGAAGAUCGUGUAGAGAGGGUAUUUGUGGCUCUUGUGCCAUGAACAUUGGAGGUGUCAACACCUUGGCAUGCUUGUGCCGUAUCGACAACAACACCAGCAAGAGCACCAAGAUCUACCCCUUGCCACACAUGUACAUUGUGCGUGACUUGGUUCCUGAUUUGACCCACUUCUACCAACAAUACAAGUCCAUCCAGCCAUACUUGCAGAGAGACGACCACCCAGCUGACGGCAGAGAGAACUUGCAGAGUAUUGAGGACAGAGCCAAGUUGGACGGUUUGUACGAGUGUAUUUUGUGUGCUUGUUGUUCUACCUCGUGUCCAUCCUACUGGUGGAACCAGGAGCAGUACUUGGGUCCUGCCGUUUUGAUGCAGGCAUACAGAUGGUUGAUUGACUCCAGAGACCAGGCUGGCAAGAUCAGAAAAGAGAUGUUGCAAAACUCCAUGUCCUUGUACAGAUGUCACACCAUCAUGAACUGUUCGCGGACUUGUCCUAAGGGCUUGAACCCAGGUUUGGCUAUUGCUGAGAUUAAGAAGCAAUUGGCCUUCGACUAA